CCCUCUUUUACACACAAGUCAAACACACACGAAAACUGAAACGCAGAUUAACGGAUAAAUUGUGAUAAAUUGUAAUAGUAAAUUUUGUAUGUUUUAUUAGUUUUUUUUGCAAUGAUUUGCGUAUCACGUCUGGUCGUUAUAAACUUGCCCAGUGUCUGGCCACCAACACGAUCCACGCAUUCUGAGAAGAUGGAUUCGAAAGGCAAGACUUCUGCCCAACAAGCUGGACUGAUGGAUUUCCAGAGACCUUUGCAGUUCCACACGAAAAGAGGCUACAUCAAGUGGUUCAGCAAACUGAGUCGCUGUCAGAGAGCUCGCAAUUUUCCGGGUAGAAUGCAUCCCAGAUUUUAGAACCGAUUUAAGCCAGGAAUUAAAGCUGUUGCUCUUGGUUUGAA